AUGCCCUCUUCAGUCCAUUGUUUCCUCUUUAACGAGGUCAAUUAACCAUACAGGUGUCUUUUACCACAGGCCGCUACCAAUGAGCAAUCAGUUCCCACAGCACUGAGAACCAUUUAAAAGCAGCUGUUGUAGAUUGAAGCCACUACGGAGCAGCUCCUGCAGUCUUUUGGUGAGAAGUUCCAAACCCUUACUGUAUCUGCAAUUUACCCACUUACCUGUGCUACAAUGAGGGUGCUACUGGUUUCAUGUCUGCUGAUCAGGAGCGUUACCUGUGGCCCUGCGUGGAAAGGCUCGAGCAGUGAUGAUCCAAGCUUUAGGCAGCGGCCACUUUCUCCUGGGUAUUGGUUCAGUGGCACAGGGGUGAGUUCUGACCCGGGCAGCAGCUCCUCUCUACCAAGUCUACCCAACCCAAACUCUGUCAAAGCUGCUCAAGAUGCCACUAACAUGGCUCCGUCAUUCGGUGGCUACGCUAAUGUCUGGGAUGGCGGCUAUAGCAACCCCAAGGCAGGCAAUUAUGAGGUCUCUUAUGCCGCUCAACCUAGCGGGUAUUACGGCAGUGCUCCAGUUGGUGACUAUGCUGGCGCUUAUGUAGGGGACAGUUCUUACGGGUUCAGUGUGUCCCCUCAAGAUGAGAGCCAGAGCUCUGGAUCUGCUACGGGCACUGAGUUCGGCGACACAAACCCCGAACCAGUCUUCAGUGACGUGUCUGAUCUGGAGCCACUGUACUCCUUCAGCUCUCGUUCGCGCUACCAGCGAGGAAGGGCAAUGUUGGCUCAAAGCCGCUACACCCCAGGAGAGGCCGUUCUCCCCAUGGCAGCAGCCAGACGCAGUAGUAAAACCCCUUUCAAAGCAAAGCAGCCCUGCUAA